AUGGCGGCGCCAGCUAACAACCCCUUCGGGGUUCCUUCUGCGCAGGUUCCUCACAAUCCCUUCGGAGCGCCUGCCUCUGGUCAGCCUGCCUCUGCUUUCCAGAAUCCGUUUGGUGUGUCAGCUCCGAAGCCGAAUGCUUUUGGCGCUCCCGUCACGAAUCCGUUUUCCGCCACGGCAAACAACUCGUUCGGCGUGCCAGCACCUGGGAGCACGCCGCCAUCGGCUGGAAAUCCCUUUGGUUCCCCGUUCGGGCAGACGUCGGUCUCUGGCAGCCAACCUGGUUCGCCAGCGCCGAGCCAUCCGCAAUCGCCGUCUAUCACGAGUAAUCCGUUUGCGAAACCGUCAGCAGGGGCCCAAGUCAACAAUCCCUUCAGUGCUCCACCAAUCGAUCUCGGGAGCGGCCGAAGCCCGUCACCGUUUGGUUCUCGAGCGCCACUGACAGGGCCGUCAAGCCAUUCAGCUGCCCCCGCACCUGCCGACGCGAAUGGGAUGGCUCGCCGGAACAAGUUCGCAGGUGGCAAAACGGCCUCCCCGGAUACCGAUGGCGGCUUUGGUGGACGAGGAGGCCACCAACAUGGACCACAACGCGCCAGCCCAUUCGCAGGCACGAAGCCCUUCGCGAAGCAGCCGAACGGCUCGGCGACGGAGACGAGCACGAAAUUUCAGCGAGGCGGUCGAGGCAAGCAACCGGAGCGUCAGGCCCGCUAUCAGCCGCCUCCAGGCAGGCAGGGUCAACCGAAACUUGCGAGCGGAGAGCCGACCGAACGGACCAAGCAGCUCUCGCCCUUUGCCUUCAACUAUGCAAACAAGCUGUACAGCCACCUGAAGAAAGAGAACGUCAGCCCGCCCCAAUGGCCUGCCGAGCCGGGGAACCCCGACAAGCGCGGCGCUAUCGAGAGCUUAAAGGAGGCCUUCAAAAAGUAUCGAACACGCGUCUACUCAAGCUUGAGGAAAGCCGACCUCAUCGACGACCCCGAGAAGAGACGGAAACUCGAAGACGCCCUCCCCUUCAAGGGUAUCUGCGAGGACAUGUGCCCGGAGUUUGAGAAGGUGUACCGUAUCGCCGAGUACGACGUCAAAACGGAGGAGAAGGAACCAUCACCCGAUGGCUUGAGCAUGUGGCCGGAUCCCGCUCGGAUGGUCAAGAAGUUUGGCCGGUCCGCGGCAGGCCAGGACGCGCCCUUGCCAAUGGACGUCCGCUCCGUGGAUGCGCUGCGGCGGACGACAGACUACCUCUUCAACGACCUUCUCCAGUCCGAGAACAAUCUGCCUUCAAUGCACAAUUUCCUGUGGGAUCGGACAAGAGCGGUGCGCAAAGAUUUCACAUUCCACUCGCAGAAGUCUCCCGAAGAAAUGAAAGACAUGGUCUAUUGCUUUGAGACCAUCACACGAUUUCACGCCACCGCCCUGCACUUGUUGUCGCGGAAGGGGUUUGCGCUCGAAAGUUUCGACCAAAAGCAGGAGAUUGAGCAAUUGGGCCGGACCAUCUUGUCGCUCAUCGAGGCCUAUGAUGAGUGCCGCGACAAGCGUGUCCAGUGUGAGAACGAGCCAGAGUUCAGGGCCUACUAUCUCCUGCUCAAUGCGCACGACCCCUCCAUAGCAAAGAGGAUUCCCGCGUGGGGGAAGGAGUACUGGUUCGAGUCUGAGGAAGUUCAGACGGCUCUGUCGUUGAUCCAGGCGAUGGACGAUGUGCGGGAACUCAAGGGGCCCAUCAAACCACGCCGGCCGACCACACUGUCCGAUGCUUCUUUUACGAACUACUUUUCCAUUGUUGAAGACCCGCGAGUCUCGUACACGAUGGCCUGCAUCGCCGAGAUUCAUUUCACGACCGUGCGACAAGGGAUUCUCAGGAGCCUUGUCCGGUGCUAUGCUAGGCACCGCGAUGCGCCUCGCACGAUCACGGCUUCAGACCUCAACGCCAUGUUGAGGUUCGAUACGCCCGAGGAAGCCGUCGAGUUCGCCGAGCUCCACGAUUUCGAGUUUUCUACAUGGGUCCCAGAGGGGAAAAUUGCUGUGACUGAGCCAUAUCUACUUCUGAACAACAAGAAAAGGAUUAUACCGUCGCCCCGAGUCCGCCAGUCGUUUUCGGGGAAGGUUGUCGAGCGGAAGCGCACGACGCAAUCUCUGCCUCAUGUUAUAUACAACACCAUCUUUGAGGAACCGGCGGAGAAGCCUCCGAGCACCGAGGUUCCCAGCGCCGAGGACAGUCCGGAUGGCCUGUUCGUUAGCCAGGCUGACGCUUCGAAGGACUUUUCUUCGGGCGGCCCAAUGGGCAACGCCGCCACCGGCGUCCCAGGCUUUCCAGGGCCCGCAGCAAACCUCGACUGUGUCCAGUCCGUUUUCAGCGGUCAGCCAGCCUACACCACAGGCUCCAGCGGGGAAGAGUCCGUUCUCAUUUCUGAAUCCGCCACCGUCAACCACCGCGACUACCAAGCCUGCCUCAUCCUUGGGGCAAUCAUCCCAGCCACAUCUUCUGCACAAGCACAGGAUGCCACCGUACAAACGAAGGCGGACCAGUCAGCCUCCUCGACUUCCAUGUCAGGAUCAGUUCCGCUGGCCGGAGCGAACCCGUUCUCCACAGCACCGCCUGCACGGCCGCCAGCAUCGCAAGCCACCACUGCUGCGUCAGCAGUCCCGUCGAUCUUCGUCUCUCCGCCUGCGACAACCGCACCCCGGUCACAAGGCGCACCAUCUGCUUUCACCAACGCCCUGUCCAGCCUCCUUGGGACACCUCCUUCCGGUCCAUCCUCUACCGUAGGAGGCCUUGCCGCGAUACAGACCACCUCCCUUCCGGCCCCGUCGCCUAAGCGUGACUUGAUGGGCGAUGUGACAAAGUGGUACGUCAAAGGUGAUUACGGUCUCAUGGAGGAUUUCACCGAGAGCAUUCUGGCCGAGAUUCUAUGGGGUGUCUGGCAGAAUUUUGAGCGAGAGGAAGCCGAAAGGAAACGGAGAGAGGAGGACGAAGAGUCGUGGCGACUUGCGCGUGCACACCAACAGCACCGCUUGCAAGUCAAGUACUUUUACCGUUGGCGCUACAUGGCCCGGUCACUCGCCACAAAGCGCAUCCUCCGCGAAGGCAAAGAGAAAAUGCGCCUGUACCGCGAACAACAAAUGGCUUUUCAAAAGCAGCAGCAGGAAGAAAAAGAAAGGGCCGAGCGUGAAGCCCGCAGAGUUGCGAAACGACAGCUCAUGGAAGACGCCCAUUACCUCAGUCUGCUCGCCUCUACUACCCACCGCCGCGGCAGCGUCGCUCACAGUGCCGACCACAGCGACCCCGAAGAACAGCUCCUUGCAAGCGGCAUCUUCUCAGGCCUGCGCAACGACCCCCGCGCUGUCGCCCGCCGCGUGGUGCGCGAAGCUGCCAUGGCAGCAAACGGCGGUGCAGAUUUUUGGGCCAUGGCCAGCGGCGGCUCCCGCUCCUUCCGCUACCCUAAAUCCGAACUCGAACUCGAACUCGAGCUCGAGCAACCUGUUGCAUCGCCCGGCGACUCGCCCGAUACCAGCAGCGCCGGCGGCAGCAGGCGCGAAGGGUGGAAGACACGCUCGCUACGCGAGAAGUUUGGCAUUGAGCCCUGUCGGAGCCUAUCGGCUAGUGGGUUGGUGGUCAAUGGCGGGACGCAUUUGUCGUCGCUUUCGUCCAAGUUUCGGCAGUCGCUGCCGGGGAGCGGGAGGGCGACCAAUUUCUCGCAGAAGAAGAGGUUGCCGGAGGAGGACUCGGAUGACGAGCCCGGGGCGAAGAAGAGGCAGUCGCUUCAUUCUGGUAGCGUCAAUUCCGCAACGGUGAAUGGGGCUAGUAGGUCUAAGUCCCGUCACUGGGAUUUACGUGCGAGGGGCUUUGUGCCCAUGCCGGAUGGGAAUUGGUUGCCGGAGGCGCUUGCCCGCCGGUCGACUGCCGCCGCCACGACCACUGCCGGGAACGACAGUCCACACGACGACCGGUAUUCUAAGAAUAUUGGCAAUGAAAGGACAGUGUCCUACGACCUCGACUUUGGCUUCGAAUCGGCGUCCCCAGACAACGACCACUACCACCACCCACAGCCACAGCACGAUGUCCUCCCAGACGACGACACCAGCGAAACUUCCCGCCGCCGGACGUCAUCCCCGACACCGACGCCCUUGGACCUGCGCCUGCGCCUGGCGAGGCUUAAGAGACCCGUCUCGCGCUCUGGGCAGGGAUAUGGCCAUGGGACAAGACGGAGUGUAGACUUGGGCAUGGGGUUGUCGGGCGAUACCUCGCCGCAUCACCCGCUCUUUUCCGGGCAAGCGUCGUCGUCGUUGGCGGCGAUGGGGAUGCUUCCUCCUCCCACGGCAAAGAGCCGCACCGGGAGUGUGGGGGUGGCGAAGAGGAAGCGUGGCGGGGAUGAGCAUGGGGAUGAGUUGACGGGUGGUGAGCCCGAGGGGUUUGGAGACAGGGACAUGUCGCCCUUGUUGGCGAGAAAGCGGGCGAAUCUGGACGCUGGUGGUGGUGGGGUCCCCGAGGGUGUUCCUGUACUUGGCAGGAAGGAGACGAGUGCCAUGGUGGCGAAUACGAGGAGGAUGUUGCGCGAGCUGAGGGAGGCGAUGGACCGAGCGGAUCGGGAUGUUGUGGAUGGACAAGGGAAAAUUUUGGAAGGAUAGGGUAAGAGGUGUAUGGUUGUGGUUUAUAGGGGGCAUGAAACGCUUCACUAGGACGGACUGAUGGGGAAAAGAAGAAGGUGUCUGGUACAUAAGCAGCGUGCAAUGAAAAAACAAGCGAGCAAGCAGAGCAGAGCAGAGCAUUUCCCGGCGUUUCUGGGUGAGGUGGACGGUCAGACUGGGUUAACAUGAAUGUCAGGUCAUUGUUUCUUCCCUGCACAUGAACUCCUCGAAGACGGGCGAAUGGGCUGGGUGGGUGUAUUUACUUGGACCUGACUCUCCUGAGGUGCAUUGCGCGUGUGCUGGGUUUUUGGGAUGGGCAAGCCGGCGGAUUGGAUGAAAUAGAAAUAAACUACUACUACGCC